AUGGACUUAGGGGAUGGGGGAGCGACACCGGUCGUCCUAGCAGACUGGUUGGAUCGUCUACUGACUUCAUGGCACGAUUAUAGAGUCGCUGUGUACUCGGUGGUUGCGUUGUCGUCCUUGCUGGUUUGGCUAUACCGCAGGCGAGCACCGACUUCUUCACCCGACCCGCGAAAAGCACACUGGCUCGAGGAUGAAGAUAAGGUCGCCUUACCCACGGCAAAUGGCAAGACUUCCCUGGACAACAAGCAGCAGCCUGCAACUGGCACGACCCGAAAACCCCGUUAUUCUGCGCCGAAGGUGGUGAAUGGUCGCAAACCCAGUCCCAGAGGCGGCAAAGGAUCCCACGAACGCGACGGGCCUGCGCACAUACUACCAUUGGUCUUUUACACCUCGUUGACGGGCACUACCGAACGUCUGUCAAAGUCGGUGCUGGCAAAGCUCCAGAGCCUGCCUACUGCGCAGCCUCUUGUUCUCAAACCCCAGCUGCACGACCUCUCGUACGUCGACCUCGACGACUACUUCAUCUCGGGUCCAAAGACCCCCGGACCAAGCUCAAACGUGCGAUACUUUUACAUCCUCCUCCUACCGUCCUACGACAUCGACACAAUACUGAAUACCUUUCUAGACCAUCUCGACGAAACACACAAUGAUUUCCGCAUCGACACUGCAUCUCUCUCCGGCCUGGCAGGGUACACCGUCUUUGGAAUCGGUGACAAAAAUGGGUGGCCCACUGAAGAAGCUGGUUUCUGCUCACAAGCUGUGGAAGUCGACAGGUGGAUGUCCAAGUUGACAGGAAGGAAAAGGGCAUAUCCCCUUGGUCUAGGAGACGUGAAGAGCAACAUCGACCAGACGUUACAAGACUGGACUGCUGGUGUGUGUGAUGUGCUCCAGGAGCUUAGCACUACCGGCGGACUGGGCGAGGGUGUUCCUGGAAGCGGAGAUGCCGUCGAGAGUGGCGAUGAGGACGACGAAGAGGACAGACAGCAGGAAGAAGUCGACUUCCCUGAUUCCGGACGGAACAAGAGAAGAAAGCUCAGGAGUACCACCGAUCUAGAAGACGUAGGUGGCAAAGGAGCGGUGAUGGCGGUUGACUUCACUACUUAUUCUCGCUCACCAGCAGCGGCCGUCGCUCCUUUGAAGGCCAUGGUACCCAAGGAGUCGCCCACGUAUGCGGCUCUUACGAAACAAGGGUACACCAUCGUUGGCAGUCACUCGGGAGUGAAGAUUUGCCGAUGGACAAAGUCAGCACUUCGCGGUCGUGGGUCAUGCUACAAAAACUCCUUCUACGGCAUCGCCUCACAUCUCUGUAUGGAGACAACACCGUCCUUGUCAUGCAGCAAUAAAUGUGUCUUUUGCUGGCGCCACGGAACCAACCCUGUAUCCACGACCUGGCGGUGGCAAGUGGAUGAUCCGCAGAUGAUCUUUGACGGCGCGAAGGAAGGCCACUACAAGAAGAUCAAGAUGAUGCGCGGUGUCCCCGGGGUCCGGAGCGAACGAUUCGAAGAAGCAAUGCGCAUUCGGCAUUGUGCUUUGAGUCUUGUGGGCGAACCCAUAUUCUACCCUCGCAUCAACGAGUUCGUGGGUCUUCUUCACAGUGAACAGAUUUCGAGUUUCCUGGUGUGCAAUGCCCAGCACCCACAGCAACUUCGUGAUCUGAGGAGAGUGACGCAGUUGUAUGUGAGUAUCGACGCAAGCAAUAAGGACAGCCUUCGCAAGAUCGAUCGACCUCUCCAACGAGACUUUUGGGAACGAUUCCAAUCCUGCCUUGAGAUUCUCCGCGAGAAACGCUUUGUCCAACGCACGGUCUUCAGAUUGACUUUGGUCAAGGGAUUCAACAUCGACGAUGAAGCAGAGGGGUACGCUGACUUGGUUGAGAAAGGCUUACCUUGCUUCGUCGAGAUUAAAGGAGUCACGUAUUGUGGAACUUCGACCUCCUCGAACGCCGGUUUGACUAUGCAGAAUGUCCCGUUCUAUGAAGAAGUCGUGGCAUUCGUUGAAGCACUGGACAGGGCUCUAGCGAAACGGGGGCUCGACUACGGCAUCGCUGCAGAACAUGCACAUAGCUGUUGCAUCUUGCUCGCGAGCAAGAGGUUCCUGAUUGAUGGGAAGUGGAACACCAUCAUUGACUAUGACAAGUUCUUCACGCUGCUGGGUGAAGGGGCCGAUUUUGCACCGGAGGAUUAUUGCAAGGAGACGCCGGAGUGGGCGCUCUGGGGAAAUGGAGGGUUUGAUCCCAGGGACGAGAGGGUCGAUAGGAAGGGAAGACCGAAGGAGAAAAAAGCAGACAAAGAGGUUUUGAGGACGGUGCUGGUAGAAGAGAAGAAGAGCUUGGAAUUCUAA